AUGACGCAUAUUGCUGAUUUCUUUGGUGUCCCACAACCUCCUCGACACCCUCAGAAGGGAUGGACAAGAGAAAAUCAAGGAUUAGCCAUCGAGGAUGACCUUACCAUUAACCAGGUACCACGAAAUGCACCACAAGCAAACAUGGUAAAUCAGGGGAUAAGAGUGGAACCACUUAGGGUCGAAGCCCCUAUGGCUGAACAACAAAAUGCUGACGAACUCGUACAGCAAAUUCGACGCGAUAAUAUGGCAGUAGAUAAUAAUUUAGCAGCCAUGGUCAAAAGAAUCAUGGUGCGAAAUGGGGUAGAUGUUGGCCUCCACAGGCCAAAUUAUACGUCACCUUUGUCUGAGUACGUUCUGCGAUCAAAACUACCCGUUAGGUGGAAAGUCCCUAAAUUCACCAAGUUUUCUAGGGAUACUAGUAAGUCCACUGUAGAACACAUGGCCAGAUACCUCAUAGAGGUAGAGGAGAUUGCAAACAAUGAGAGUCUUAGGAUAAAAUAUUUCCCUAGUUCCCUUAUGAAGAACGCCUUUAUGUGGUUCACCACAUUACUAGCGAAUUCCAUUGAUACUUGGACUUGUUUGGAAAGACUGUUCCAUGAGCAAUUUUACAUGGGAUAG